AUGUCCAUACUUUUCCAUGCAGCCGACGCUCUCCUCGCAGCGCUCGGCCUCUUCAUCCUCCGCCGUCUCCUCCGACGCCUCUCUCGUGCUGCCACCGCCUCUCCACUUCCGCCUGGCCCUCCUGCAAAACCCCUCAUUGGAAACUUGCUCGACGUUCCUACUGGUCGUGCAUGGCUUGGCUGGACUGAACAAGCAUUGCGUUUCGGCCCGAUGUCCCAUUUGACCGUGUUUGGCACGCAUAUUGUUGCGCUGCAUGACCCUGCUGCUGCUGCCGCCCUUUUCGAGAAACGGAGUGCAGUCUUCAGUGAUAGACCACGGAUAGUCUUUGGCGGAGAGAUGUGCGGAUGGGAGAACACGCUUGCCUUGCAGAGGUAUGGGGAUGCCUUCAGGCUGUUCAGACGUGAAUUGCACCAAAUCAUCGGUACACCUUCGUCCAUUGCCCGAUUCCACCCACUCAUCGAGGUCGAGUCGCGUCGUUUCCUCCUGCGCGUGCUCAACGACACGUCGAAAUUGCAAAAGCACGUCCAUACCUCCACAGGCGCGAUUAUUCUUCGUAUGGCAUAUGGGUACACCAUGGACCCAUCCGGCCGCGACCCUCUUCAUGCACUUGCAGACAAGGGUAUAUCACAAAUCAGCAUGGCCGCUCAACCAGGCGCGUUUAUCGUCGAUGUGCUCCCUUUCCUGCGACAUCUCCCCACGUGGUUCCCUGGUGCACGCAGCUUCCAUUCGACUGCAAAGUACUUUAAGGAGACUGUGACGGAGCUCGUCGAGAAGCCUUUUGCGUUCGUGAAGAUGCAGGUCGCGAGUGGUGUUGCGGAGCCGAGUUAUGUUUCUGCGCUUUUAGAAAAGUACGAUAAAGAAGGAACAGGCGUGUUGACUCCCGAACAGGAACAUGCCAUCAAGUGGAGUGCGAGCAGUUUGUACACUGGGGGCGCGGAUACGACCGUUAGUGCGAUUCAGGCAUUCUUCCUUGCCAUGUUGUUACAUCCCCAUGUGCUUGAGCGUGCUCAAGCGGAAGUGGAUUCUGUCACGAGGGGUAUUCGUCUACCUGGAUUCGCAGAUCGGGAAAGCUUGCCGUAUAUUAACGCGUUAUGCAAAGAGGUACUGCGCUGGGCGCCUGUUGCGCCAAUGGGUUUACCGCAUGUCAACUCUGAGGACAUCGUCUACGAAGGUUACACAGUACCGAAGGGUUCAGUCGUCAUGCCAAACAUCUGGCAUUACGCACACGACCCGUUUGUCUAUGACUCACCAUACGAAUUCCGUCCGGAGCGCUUCCUCUCAUCUUCUCCGUCAUCUUCAACGCCUCCAUCUCCAACUUUCGCUGGUGCGAAGACCAGUUCCUACGCACGACACGCUGCAACAAACUGCGCAGAACGUGAUGUACGCGAAUACGUAUUUGGCUUCGGUCGACGCGCAUGUCCAGGCCGGGAACUCGCAGAUGCAACUCUCUUCAUGUUCGUCGCAAUGAGCGUCGCUGCUUUGAACAUCCGCCCGUCAAGCGGCAAGGAGUCAGACUUGGCCAACAUCAACGUUGCAGAAGGAAAGGGUUGGGUAGCGGGUACCAUCACUCAUCCUGAGCCAUUCUCUGUUGAUGCCCGGCCUAGGUCGCCGGCUGUUGCAGCGCAUAUUCGUGCAGUAGAGGUCGAGCAUCCGUGGACUGAUCAUGACGCUGAAUGUUUGUUGCAUUUGAACUGGAAGGCUCGUGCGUAG